AUGGAUUUUCAGAAACAUGUUACGAUUGAACCAAAUGCAGCUUCAAAUUCAAGUUUUUUGAGUGAUUUUGAACAAUCUGUAGGAUUGUCCAGGCAUCGUCAUCAUCGUACGUUUACGUAUCUUUGUUUUGCCAGUAUUCUAGUUCUCCUCUAGUCUUGCCUUAGAAUUGACUCAGCCCUGCCAUGGUCCUGCUCUAACCUUACUCUAGCCCUGCCUUAGCCUUGCCCUACCCUGGCUAGCUUUGGUCUUGUCCGAGCAUGGACCUAGCCUAACUUCAGCUAUUCCUUAGCCUUAUCUCAACUCUGUCCUACCUACUAGUCUCUAUAUCCUAUUGCUAAUCUUAUCAUAUCCUACUCUCAUUAUACCCUUACCAUAACCUUAACCUACUACUCUGAGCUUUUUCCUUACCUUAACUUCAUCGUAGCCUUAUUCUUAAAAAUUUUGAUUUAUAGUAGUUUUUAUGUAAUUUUAUUUUUCAGUAUCAGCCGCUGAACGUAAGAAGCGUUGUUUUGGUAUUUUUGCUGGUUUAUUCUCUGGAUUCGGUGGUGGAGGAGCUGGUAAUCUUGCAGCUUCAGCAAGUGCAUUAGCGUCAUACGCUUCAGCAAGUUCAGCAGCCUCGGCCGCUGCUUCAUCUAAUGCAGCUCAAGCUGCAUUAGCUUCGCAAGCUGCACAAUCAUCUUUGGCAUCUCAAUCUUCUUCAGCAUCUAACUCUGUUGGAGGAGCUGGUGCAGCUAACGCAGCUGCAUCAGCUUCUAAUGCUGUUCCUCCAACAAUACCUCUACCAAACGUACAGGCUCCUCUACCGAUACCCCCACCAAACGUACAGAACCAAGGAUCAACAAGUCCAGAAGAGAUUGAAGAUUCAGAAAAUCCGAAUCAACUAACAGAUGAACAACAACGUCAAAUAAUACAACAAGAAGCGCGCUAUCCACUAAAACAAUGUUAUACUAAUGCGGACAAGUUUAUGUGUUGUAACGAAAGACUGGAAAAGUUUAUGGAUGAAGCCUACAGGAUCUUGGAGGAGACUGGUGGUGGAGGUAGUAAAAAGAAAGUGGCAGACUUUAUGGAGAAUUUUAUGGAAAGCAGAUUGGACAAAACCUUUGAAGUUAUCGUUGGUACAGGCGAUUACGUGUCUAAAUCACACUUUUCCGAUGAUCACUAUUGCAAGAUCAAGAGGGAUGACAAGUAAGAUUUUUUUUAUUUCCAGGGCGGGGUAUCCUCACCCAAAUUUUUAUGUUUAUAAUUUUAGAUUCAUAUUAGUCUACGGCACUCCAGUAGAGGGUAAAGAGGAAACGGCCGGCUAUGAAUUGACUGAUAACAAUAUAAAAGAACCUUAUGAACCUACGAGCUACAGUGAGAUUUCAAUCGAAUAUAAUAAGUCAGAUGACGGGUAUGAUAGAAAGACUAAUGUAUAUGACAAUGCUAAAAAUGAAAAUGGUCCAAAUGGGUACGAUAAUAAAGUAGAUAGUAUCUACAGUACUAAAGGAGCAGACGAUGUUUAUAAAAAUAUAGAUACUACUACUGUCUACGGCAAAGAAGACUCUCGUACAGGGUAUGAUGGCAAGUCUAAAAACAGUGAUUACAAAAUCAAAGCUACUAACACUGGGUAUGAUACCAUAGGUUCUAAUAAGGGAUACGAUACGAAAGCUAAUGAUAAUGGCGACGAUACGAAAGCUACUGAUAAGGACUACGAUACUAAAGCUUCUAGUAAUUACUAUGAGCCCAAUGUAUCACCAAAAGCUUUAAGAUACGAACCAGAAGACUUGUACGGAAAUGAAGUUACUAAAAUCGAUACAAGUCAAAUUGCCAUUUUAAAUGGAUAUCAUAGUAUUGCAGAGAACAAUGAUGAAGUUAAGUUGACUGUUAACAAAGCUAAUCCGAUUGGGGGUAGUACUGGUGGACAAAGUAGUGGUACUGAGGCUAAAAAUAUUGAUUCUGGAGGUCAAAGUGGUGGUACUGAUGCUAAAGACCAUACUACAAAUAAUGAACAUAGUAGUACUAGUGAUGCUAAAGAUACCAGUACUAACGCUAAUAACAAAAUAUCUUCACAUGAUAAAAAGAAGAGUACUGUAAGUGAGUAUACCCAGAGUCUUCCUAACCUAAUAAACCAUCGUAAUCAAGAUAACAGUAUGAAGCAAAGCUCAAAAUCAAAGUCUACACGUCAAGAACAAGAUAAAGAACCCCAUGGUUAUGGUGAAAACAGCCUUCUGAACAAGCUAGAAAAGAUGAACAACGUAAUCGAACAAGUCAUCAGUAGUAACGUGACAAAACAAGCAAUUAUGAGCAAUAUUGUGCCCAUUAUGGUCAGUGGUGAAGCUUCUAUCAAUAAUAUAAUGGCUAAAGUGUUUAAGCCGGCGGUGGUAGAACAUAAUGUAAAGGGUAGUAGAGCUAUGAAUUCGGGUAGUAUCAAAAAUUUAGUAUCUACCAAAGAUAAUAUGGCUGGUACACAAGGGAAUACUCUUGUGAAAACACCCAAUAUUGAAGAAAGCAAUGACCAUGAAGUACUAGAAAAGUCUGAAAAUAUUCAUGGAAAUCAUGAAUUCAAUUCCAUUUUAUCAGAAGGCCUUAAAGAUCAUAGUCAUAAUUUUGGAAGCUCUGAAAAUGAAAAGAUAAAUGAAAAAAGGGGUCACAAUAAUGAAGUGAGAGAUCACAAUAAUGAAAAGCGCGGCCACAAAGACAUUGAUCGUAUCAAGAUGUUAGAUGAAAAACUACAGAAUAGUCUACACAAAGACAUGGCCAAGCGACGACGCAAGUAUAAGAUGGGACUUUUGGAGUUUUUGAGGAAAAAAAUCAUUGCUAAUUUGUAG